AUGUCGUUCAAAAACAUAUUCAACAAGCAGAAUUUGCGGUAUAUCUUCACCACCCACUUCUGGGGCCCGGUGUCGAAUUUCGGAAUCCCCGUGGCGGCAAUUAUGGACUUGAAAAAAGACCCAGACCUUAUUUCUGGACCAAUGACAGGCUCGUUGAUAUUGUACUCGUUAGUUUUCAUGAGAUACUCCGUGGCCAUCAGUCCCAAAAAUUAUUUGUUGUUUGGGUGCCAUUUUGCCAAUGAGUGUGCCCAGUUAGCGCAAGGGUACAGAUGGGUCGACCACCACUACUUCAGCAAGAAAAAGGUCGAGGCAGCAUCCUCAUAA